UUAUGUCUUGCUGGGGCAUUCUGUCUGUUCUCCUCCUGGUUUCUCAGGGGAACACCUCUCCACCGUGCCCUCUGAGCUGCAGAUGCUACAGCCUCACAGUGGAGUGUGGCUCCACCAAUCUGCGGGAGACUCCCAAACAUAUCCCGUCCUCUACACAGACCAUCUUCCUCCAGGACAAUCGCAUCGCUCACCUCCGCAGAGCUGACCUGGCUCCUCUCAGACACCUGCACUACCUCUACUUACAGAAUAACAGUAUCUCGGCUGUGGAGCCAGGAUGCUUUGAGCACCAGACUCAGCUGCUGGAGCUGGCUCUGAACGGGAACAGGAUCCACCUGUUGAGCGCUGACCUGUUCCACGGCCUGGAGCACCUCCGCAUCCUCUACCUGUCCCGUAACGACAUCACCAGGCUGCUGGACUAUACCUUCAGGGGCCUCCAGCGUCUCCAGGAGCUCCAUCUUCAGCAGAACAGCAUUGAGGUGCUGUCAGAUCAGGCUCUGUCAGGCCUCUCCUCCCUGGCCCUUCUCGACCUGAGCCGCAACAACCUCCACACCAUGGGCCCCGCCUCUCUGCGGCCCCUGGUCAGCCUGCAGGUUCUCCGCAUGACCGAUAACCCAUGGCGCUGUGACUGCGCACUGCACUGGCUGCGCAGCUGGAUAGAUGAGGAGGGCCAGAGGCUCCUGAGUUCUGCUGAGCGGCGCCUGGUGUGUGCAGACCCGCCCCGCCUGUCUCAGCUCAGCCUGGUGGAGGUGCCCCUGAACAGCCUGGUGUGCAUACCCCCCGUGGUGCAGCUGGAGCCCCGCAGAUUGGCCGUGCGGCUGGGCGAGAGCCUGCGGGUGUCGUGCCAUGCCUCAGGGUACCCUCGCCCACAGGUAACUUGGAGGAAGGCUUCCCAGGGUAAGGCAGCCCUGUCUCCUCGAGGCCUGGUGCAGGAGCCGGGGGCCGGUGUGGUGGGGCGAGCAGAGGGCCCUUCAGAGGGGCCCUCAGAGACGGUGCAGAGAGCUGAACGGUUUGACCCAGACACGGGCAGUGGCAUGCUGUUCCUCAGUAAUGUGACCGUGGCACACGCAGGCUUUUACGAGUGUGAGGCAUGGAACGCAGGCGGUGUGGCUAGAGUCACUUUCCAGCUGGCCAUCAACUCCUCAACCUCCAUGUGGGCCUCAUGGUCCCAGCUCUCCUCGAAUGCCCCGCCCUGGCCCCGCCCCCGGAGCUAUGGCUCUGAAGUGAGCCGCGAGCCGCUGUAUGCUCUGGGCAGCAUGGCCUUUAGCGCUUUGGGGCCUGCCACACAGACGGCCAUCGCAGUGGGCAUCUCCCUGUUAGCCCUGACUGCUCUGCUGCUGCUUAUGAUGAUCUACAGCCGCCAACAGCAGCCUGACAAGGAGCCCCAUGACUCAGAAAUUAAGGAGGAGAGUAUCCUGUACGUGAAUGACUACUCGGACGGUCCCACCACUUUUGCCCAGCUGGAGGAGUACAGGGAUGAGCGCGGCCACGAAAUGUACGUCCUGAACCGGGCCAAACCUGUCCCACCCCCCGUAGUCCCACCCCCUGAUGUCACCUCCGCCCCCUCCGAGAGCUCCACCCAUUGCUCUGGUCAAGGCCCCCCCUCCAGCCCCCCCGUGGCCCCAAAACAGCUGGAGGAUACACGGACUAUGAGGAGGAUGGCCGGUGAGGGAGGAGAGGCAGAGCCUGUGCUAACAGCCGAAUCUGAGGGCAUGUACCUGAACCACAGCGGCCUCUUCAUAGACUCUCAGAUCGCAUAUGAGAUCCACUGCUGAGGCCCACUCGCCCAGGAUCCGGAAUAC